CCUCCAAGAACCCCCCCUCUCUCUCUCUUCACAGGUUCUCUCUCUCUCUCUCUCUCUCUCUCUCUCUCUCUCUCUCUCUCUCUCUCUCUCUCUCUCUUUUGGAUGGCUUCUCCGUCACAAGCAAGCCUUCUCCUCCAGAAACAGCUCCAAGGUCUCUGUAAACAGCCCGUCGAUGGUUUUUCCGCUGGUUUGGUUGAUGAAAGCAAUUUAUUCAAAUGGAGUGUCGUGAUUACCGGACCCCCUGAUACUUUAUACGAGGGAGGAUUCUUCAAUGCGGUCAUGACCUUCCCAUCCGAUUACCCCAACAGCCCUCCUGCAGUGAGGUUUACCUCAGAGGUAUGGCAUCCAAAUGUGCACCCUGAUGGAAAUGUUUGCAUCUCAACUCUUCAUCCACCCGGUGACGACCCGAAUGGCUACGAACUUGCAAGCGAGCGUUGGACACCGGUUCAUACGGUGGAGAGCAUAGUUUUGAGCAUCAUAUCAAUGCUUUCAAGUCCAAACGACGAGUCUCCUGCAAAUGUGGAAGCUGCAAAAGAAUGGAGAGAAAGAAGGGGCGAUUUCAGGAAGAAAGUCAGUCGAUGCGUUAGAAAGUCGCAAGAGAUGUUGUGACACUGCAUCUGCACCUCUGUCGCCGACUUUUUAUAGUGUCAUCUAUGUAGAAUUUCGCAAAAUUAUCAUCCUCCAUCGAUCCAUUAUCUAUGUUCCUUUUGGACAUACAAAUUUCAGAUAUUUAGUGUGAUCUGUUUUGUGUUGAAAAUAAUUUUUUUUUUUGGCUAAGAAAAGUGAAAGACAAGGUAAUGAGAAGAAAUUACCAAUUCAUGUAUUCUCCAGGGGGUUCUUGUUAGAGCUUUUCUCCUCCAUUCUACUUUUCUGUUUAACUACCCAUUCAUAUAAAUUGCUAUUCUUGCUAUGUUA